UCCAACGUCCCACCCCUGCGUCACACAGCCAUUCAUUAAACAGCAGCAUCACAGCGGCAGCACAGCUAACGCUAACAUGUCAGACAAGAAACAGACCGUGGACCUCGGCUUACUGGAGGAGGAUGAUGAGUUUGAAGAAUUCCCAGCCGAGGAUUGGACGGGGCUGGAUGAAGAUGAAGACGCUCAUGUUUGGGAAGACAACUGGGAUGACGACAACGUAGAGGAUGAUUUCUCAAAUCAGCUCAGGGCUGAGCUGGAAAAACAUGGUUACAAGAUGGAGACCUCUUAGCGACUGACGAGGCCUUUCAGUGUUCGAUGGCAUCAGAUAUGGACAUUUAUAUUUGAAUAUUAUCGGUUGACCCAACACACCCCCAGGAGAGAGGAUGUUAAUUUGUUUCUUUUUUUUUUUUUUUUUUUGUAAAAAAAAUAUUGAUGGAAAAGUAAAGUGUUUGGAGAAAACAGGUCUUUUGGAUUGUUCUUACUUACCAACUGAUACUGCAGAUGUUUAGACGAUGACAUAUAUAGCGGGGUCACCACAGGUCCUUGAAAUCAUUGGAGGAAAAAAUCAUGCCCUUUAACAUUUUUGAAAAUAGACAUAAAUAGACAUGGGUCAUUGUAAGUGCUUGAAUAUGUACAUUUUGUGCAAGAAUAGAAGUUCUUUGUCUCUAUCACUCAACUUACACAUGCUGUUUUGCUUUGCUGUGUCAGAGAAGGCAAGGAACAUAGACUGGAAAGUCCUUGAACUUGAAUUUUAAGGUGUGGGAACCCUGUUAUAGAUAAUACGCGUGCUAUAGUUUACGCAUUACUUUUGAGUUUAUUUUACUUAAUGUUUAAUUGAGGAAGUUAUAUUGGUAAAUGAAUACUUAAUAACUGCCUUCACACCCCCAACAAAGACUACAUUUAGCUGAUGCUGGAAUGAUGAUAGCCAGAAAUCUAUAUUUGCAUCCUUCCAUUUCACCUCGUCCUUGGACAGCUCAUACUCUUUCAUGCAUAAACUAAGUCCGUCUUUGCAGUUAUUAGUCUUUGUAUAGAAGAUGACUCGGGUUUGGCUAAAAUAUCUACAAAUUACAGUCUUUGUAAGAGCUGCUGAUUUUUUUUAAGAAGCACAUCUGUAGAGUCAACAACAAUCUACCUGUACUGGACAGUUUGUUAUCGCCCUCUGACAUGCUGUGCAUUUGCUUCAGACGACAUGAAUUACUCAAGUUCAAGUGCUCAUCAGAAUUUAUCGGAGAUAUUCACAAUCAUUUUGUAGCAACUGUACAUUCAUGUAGAGCUCUAUUUAUUGAAACUUUUACAGUGAUAAAUGCAUGUUGGAGGAACAGAGAGAACGUGUACACACGGGAAAAUGUACAUAAGCUGUGCGCAGUUGAAAUACACAAUGCAAACAAGUGUGUUAGUGUGUUUGUGGUGCAUGCUACACACAUACAGAGGCAGUUCCUCUGCACUGUGCCGUAUAACAGCCCCCUUCCCUCUCAGCCCCACAGCGCAGGGCCUAGUCCCUGAAGGAGAGAUUAUCCACUGCCGUGUUUGUCAGAGGCAGGGAGGGGGUCUCAGCAUGGGGCCUCCCAGCCUGCCUUGCCUGGGCCUGCCCCUACUGCCAGCCAGGCCCUUCUCUUCCGCUUGGCACAGCGGGGACUCUCGUACUGAACCAGAGGCCAAUUUAUCCCCGCCACACUCCCCCGGCAAAAUGAUUUCUCUCAGUGUUUUGUCGACUCUCAGUCCCAGGGUCCUAAUGAGGUGAAAUGGAUGCCAGUAAGACCGGGCUGCAAGAGCAGCUUUCAUCCUGAAAACAACAUCCAUCCUCUGCCUCUAGAAGUGGAAAGCAACCUAAAUACAUUUACUCAAGUACUGUAUUUAUGUAUAGUUUUUGUGCAUGUCUGAGAUGGAAAUGUAGUUCUUAACCCACUAUAUUCAAUUUAUGAAGCUACUAGUUACUGUGAGUAAUGCAGGUUUAUUUUCAAAACACAAUAAGCUCAAAAUGUCAUGCAGUGUGUGACAGGAAUGUGCUGGCUUUGAAUAAAUGUUAAUACGCCGCUAAAAAUUAACAUAUUAUCAAUCCACCCCUGCCUAAAGCCUACAUUUUUGUCAUCUAAAACAAGUGCCACACAGUGCGAGAUUUUAAACCUGCUUCCAAUAUAGUCAACUUGGUAAGAACAAUAAUAAAUGAAACUUAAUUCAGCAAAAAUACCUGAAACAUUAAUAAAAAUCGCAAGUUUGUUCAGUUUGUAAUGAUUGUUUUAUCAACUAAUUCCGUAAGAAAAAUCUCGCCUUCGUCCAGCGCACAAUAUUGUAAAUUAAACCAAGCUGUGUUUCUGUGUGUCCUUCACAGUAUGUCCUGUUUCGAAAGGGUAAAUACCACCUGUGUAUGUAUCGAGUGAUGAGACCAGUUUAGACAUAAUAAAUGUCAAAUGUCCGCCUAAAGAUAGCUUUAGAGUAUUUGCAACACUUCGCUUCAUUCUGUAAAUGUUAAACAGAUUAUCUGUUGAUUUUAGCCUAUGUGACAAUUCAUGAACAUACCUACAUAUUCUUAGAGUAGUUUAACUAAACUUUUCAUCCAACCUAUGCAGCAUAAGUUGACUGAAUAGUUUAGAUUCAGCUAAAUUAUUCUGAAAAUAUUCAGUUAAUCAGACAAAGCAAAAUAUUGAAUGGUUGGGUCUCAACUAAUAAGCUGUGGAAAUGUUACAAAUACUCUAAAAAUGGUCUGUAGGUGGACUUUUAAAAUAAGGUGCUACCAAAGGGUUACACUGAAAGCGACACACCCUAAAAAGAGAUGUCAUUUCAUAUUGUUUUGUAUUAGUUUCUGCCACAUUUAGAGUAUUUUUUCAACCACUGCCGUCUGCCUGUGGGUGGCCAUUCCUACCAGCUUUUGUUAGCCUCCUCUUCUGGUGUUGAUUUGCCAGAACUCUUUGCUGUUUUGCAUUAGUUUAUAUUUGGAAAGAGUCAUUCUGCACUUCAAAGUGUUUCACCCUGAUUUUGGCAUUAAAGGCUGGAAAAGGUGGAAGUGGAAAUCUGUUAGCUCAGGUCAAGCGUUUGAAAGUUGGCAACUGGAAGCAUACUGACAAGCAUCUGACAGUCUCUCGUUCUCUUCUGGGAAAAUACAAAAUCCCUGUUUACUACUAGCUGUUAUCCCAAUCAGCUGCAUAUCACAGCCCAACAGCUCUCCUGGGCCCAUAUUGUGAUUGAGAGACAAUGCCCCAGCUGCUACUGAUAUACAUGUCAAUAAAGAAAAUAAAUAUUUGGUUGGCAAGUACUGCGGGAAAUAAAGCAAGGUCACAUGUUCAUCAAGUGAACUCAAAGAGCACUGACUCAAACAUAGGAGAUACUCAGAUCUGUUUAUGCCCUUGAAACUAAGGGCCCUGGGCCAGAUGAUUAUUCUAAGGGUUGGGAAGUCGGUGAAGUGAGAGAAUUGGUAAGUGAGAGCAACAGAGGAGGACCUGUGACCAUUUUGUUUGUGCUGAGAGCAUGAGAUUGGUCCCUUGUGUUUGACGCCAUGAGGGCCUCAAUGGGCCCUCAAUAUUCAUCCUCACACAGAUCGCCAGGCUGUUCAGUGUCCCUGCACUAGUUUGUCUUUGAUCCCAUUCGAUUGUGACUUUAAAUUGUGCAAACAUUUUUGUUGUUCCUUUGUGACCCACAUGAUUCCCCAAUGACAUGUAUGAGAAGGCUCGCUGUGGCUGAUAUUGACUGACUUACAGAGGCUUGAUUCAAGGCAGUAAUUAUAAUAUAUUUCGGGAGGGGGCACACCUCCCACUAUACAUAUAUAUAUUUUUAAUUGCAACCAAACCACUGCCCAGAAAAAUCAUUGGCAAAUGUAAUUAGAAUGAUUUAUAAACUUAAUAAAUUGCCAUUAUUUGUAGUACCA